CCAAAGGGGUAUUUAUACCCCACAAGGGAACUUGCUGCUCUGCAGUUAGAAGAGAGCAGUUUAAGCCCAGAAGAAGAGAUAGAAUUAGAAGAACAAGCAGCAAAUUAUGAAGAAAAUAGAUACAGGCCACUGGAAUAUAAGAACCCAGUGCCCUAUGUUCUGGGGCAAGGGGCUGCUACUGCCCCCCCACCUUAUUCAAUGCAGCCAUCUUGCUCACUCCUUUCAAAAACUGUGAGGAGAAAGUUAGGCAUGGCCUUCCCAGUCUUUGAAGCACCCAUAGAAGGGCAAGAAGGCAUGGGACGGAUCUAUGCACCUAUAGACUAUAAUCAAAUAAAAGAAUUGGCUGAAGCAGUAAGAAAAUAUGGAGUGAAUGCAAAUUUUACUUUAGCACAGCUAGACAGACUGGCAAGAGAUUCUAUGAUGCCUACUGACUGGCAAACUAUUGCAAAGGCUAUGCUUAAUAGCAUGGGCCAAUUUUUAGAGUGGAAGGCGCUAUGGUAUGAGGCUGCACAAGAGCAAGCCCGAAUCAAUGCAGCCUCCUUAACCCCUGAACAACAACAAUGGACAUAUGAAAUGUUAACAGGACAAGGAAGAUAUGCAAAUGAACAAAAUACUUAUGCCUGGGGAGCCUAUCAACAGGUUUCCAUGACGGCAAUUAGAGCAUGGAAAGCUUUAACUAAAAAGGGAGAAGGAGCAACCCAGCUAACCAAAAUUAUACAGGGCCCACAGGAAUCAUUUUCAGAUUUUGUGGCCAGGAUGACCGAGGCAGCAAACAGAAUUUUUGGAGAUUCAGAAUCUGCAAUGCCUCUUAUUGAGCAAUUAGUUUUUGAACAAGCAACACAAGAAUGCCGUAAUGCCAUUGCCCCUCGAAAGGGUAAAGGAUUACAAGAUUGGUUAAGGGUAUGUAGAGAGUUAGGGGGCCCAUUAUCUAAUGCAGGGCUGGCGGCAGCUAUAAUGCAUAUUGCCAAAAAUGCUCCUCAAGGAAGAGGCAAAGGACCUUGUUAUCAAUGUGGCAAAAUGGGACAUUUUAAAAAAGACUGCAAGAGUGCAGCCCCAAAUAAUCUUACAACUGAAAUCUGCGCUAGAUGCAGAAAAGGGGCACACAAGGCCGAGAACUGUAGAUCUAUAAGAGACAUUGAGGGAAAACUUUUGGUUCCCCCAAGGCCUUGGAAGAGCCCAAAGCAAGAAUUUAAGCCAAAAAACGAGAUGAGGGGCCCUCGGUUCCAGGGCCCAGACAAAUAUGGAAACCCCGCCCAAACAUGCCCAUGGUCCAAAGCCCAAUUGCAGCAGCGAUUCGGGGACCGAUUUCAGGAAAUCAUCUCCCCCACGGAGGAAUGGGAAGAUUGGACGUGUACGCCACCUCCAAUGUCCUAUUAGAUUCAGAUCAAGGACCCCAACCUGUUCCCGUGCAGGUCUUAAUGGCCUCUACAAAAAGUUUACAAGGUCUUCUAAUAGGAUGUAGUAAGUUUUCAGGACAAGAGAUAAUUGUAUUUCCAGGAGUUGUCCAGGGCCCAAAAUUUCAGGUUCUAUGCUCCAGUCCACAAUGGCCUAUAGAAAUAAAGGAGGGAGAUACCAUUGCUCAAUUAAUACCCAUAUCUAAUGAAGAAAGAAAUGAGGCCAAUCUAAUAAUGGAUUUGGGCUCCA